AUGAUAAUUUUAUGCAAUAUUAUUAUUUUACACUGCGAAAUUUCGAACGACAAUAGUCCAGACACUGUGAUUCAUAUACAAGAUGCACAUUUACUCAUGCAAUAUGGGCAAAUUACAAUAGAAGGCAGUACAGACGAAACUGAAACAUCGACAUAUAUAACAACGACUUUAAUUGAAACAACAAUUUUUACGACAAAUAUUUCAUUAACAACUGAUACCAUUAGUGUUUCUUCACAUACCAGCACGACUACAUCUGCAAAUGGCUCAGAAACUUCAACUACCACUACUCCUCCUCCUAAUACUUGCAAUGACACGUCGCAAAUACAAUGGAUUAAUGGUACAUGUAUUUCAAAAUCCGAAGCGCAGACACUUUCAGUCAAUAUUUUACGCAAUAAUUCCACCAAUUCAACUGAAAAAUCCAAUGCUCUGUUUUUAUAUUUCGGUUCAACUGAUAGUUUCCCUCCAAAGUCAAAUGCAACUAAUCUUUUAACACCUGGUGACAUUGAUGACAUAGUUGAUGGAUUGAAUAAUGUCAGCCCAAUAAACUCAAGCACAGGGUUUCUUUUCGCACUACCAACAAAAAAUGGAACUGAUACUUUGCUAGGAGGUUCAUUUAAUCCUACAGCAAAUACUGAAAUCGUUACAAACAAUAAUAAAAUGCGUAUACUCAAUUCGAGUGCAUUAGCUGCAGCUAUUAUUGAUAAUGAAACAGUGCAUAAUACUGAGAGUAUUAGCGUAUUUAUACUGCAUGAAUCUAAAGCAUAUAAAAAUUUAGAUAUUUCAAAUAAUCAAUCUCUUGUAUCACCAGUAAUCAUAUUUGGUGUCAAGAAAAAUGUUAGUAAUUCUUCAAUCACUACUUUUUUAUAUUUUCAAGUUUCAAAAGAGAAUGAAAUGCAUAAUCAUGACCAAUAUAAAUGUUCAUUCUUUAAUAGUAAUACUUCCAAAUGGGACACAGCUGGUUGUACCAAACCUAAAUACAACGAAACUCACACUCGUUAUGAAUGUAGUUGUAAUCAUCUUACAACAUUUGCUCUUAUUUGGUCACCGAAUCUAGCAAAUACAACAUAUCUCACUUCUCAAGACAUUGCGUCAAUGAUAUUUCUAUCAGUUUCUAUUCUCUGUUUCAUUGCAGUAAUUAUUCAUAGCUUCACUACUCGUCUUCUCAAUCGUCUUAUGUCAAUGAAUGCGCGUGAUUUACUUCCAUUGAUUUCAUCUGCAAGUACAACUAUUCUUUUUAUAUUUUUUAUUGCACUUAGUAUGACAGUAUAUACUCAAACAACACCUGAAAAUGGAACAAAAUGUUUUUUAAGUUCAAUGGGAUUUAAGUCUAACUCAUCGUAUAAUAUAACUCAAUUACAUAAAAAUAAACUUUGUUGGUUUACUCAAGAUGUUGUCUAUUAUUUUAUGACAAUACCUAUUGGCAUAUUUCUUCUACUAAAUUUAAUCACAAUAAUUUUUGUCGCUAGACGUAUUAUUAAUCAUGUUCGAUAUGCUAGAUCUCCUCAUCAUACGUAUAAACGCAUGAAACAAUUUGUUAUUGUUUUAUUAUCAUCCUCUGUUACUCAAGGAAUAGGAUGGUUAAUUGGCCCAAUCUUAACAAUUGUUAAUUCCAAUGUUGGAAAUAUUUUAUCAUGGUUUUUUAUUGUUUGUAAUGGGCUUGAAGGAGUUUGGACAAUACUUUUAUACAUCAUAAUUCGAUCAGAACGUAUGAAUGAACCAAAACGAGUUACUCAUGGUAAAAAACAUAUGAAGAAGUUAUUUUUAGCAUCAGCUAAAAACAAGAAAAAGGAAAAAAUAACUGAUUUCAAUAGUGUCUCAGGAAGAAUACAUCAAGUUAGUCAUCGAAAUGAUCGAAAGUACAGGUCGAUAUUUGAUGAUCUUUAUGACACGAAAUCUGUUGAUUGGCAAACAAGCAUUUAUCCAGCAUAA